AAAUAUUGGUGAAGCAAUCGAAGAAAAGCGAAUAUUUCAGACUUUUUCAUGGAAUUAUCUGGUGAUUGUUCUGGAACAAAGAGAAAAGUAUAAACGAAACAGCUUAGAGCUUAGGUAAGUACCUUCAAGCAAUGGGGAAAAAGAAGCCAACCCCCGUGGAGGAUCUGAUCAUACCCCCACAGAACUCACGAAUUUGUGGCGUCAUAUGUGUUUGUCAGUUAACCUUCGUGUUGAGCACGGUAGCGAUUGUCUAUCUGACCGUGGCAAUUUACAUGCCAUCGUCACGUGUCAUGAAGAGUGGCAUCGAUGAGACACCGGUCAUGUGCACAACUACCAAGGCCCUUAAUAAGGAUGCAUGCGAGUGGGGUUCCUGUGGCGAAUGGUGUCUCAGUAAAACCUCGGGUGCCUGCAUACAGAUUUUUGUUCAUCUUCGCACCAACGGAAGUAGUUUAACGUUCCAGAAUUGUACCAAUUCUGCUAAUAAAACAUGCUACGGGAUAGAUCAAGAGAAUGCUAAGAAAGCCCGUUGCAUAGCGGAUGAGUGCAAGAACCUUACCGGAACCUUCAAUUGUACUACGGGAAUGUGUAUCAAUAUAACUGAUGCAUUUGAAUGUGUGUUCAAAAACACCGAUGUACCACUCAAGUGUUCCGGACGACGCGGCAAAAUCACAUGUAUCGACAUAAAUGGACUGUUCUCAUGCAAUCGUGGAACAUGUCGAAAGAUAAAAACUCCAUACAAUUGCGACCGCCGUUGUGUGGACAUUCCGACCAGGAAUAAGAAUAUGAUAUUAUUGAGUGGAGAUAAAGUUUAUCUUUCGCAAUGUUCAAAUGCGAUUGAUACAGACACGAAUGCCGAAGUGUGGACCGAAGCAGACAACAAAGUGAUAAUGUCUUCAUGCUAUACUAUUCAGAACACAAGCAAUGGCAUUCUAGCAACUGAUUGCAUCAAUGGAUCUCUCCUAGAAAAGGAUGAGCUAACCGAUCUCACCAACUUCACGUAUCUCAGCUAUCUGCACUAUGCUGUUGCCACACCAAUCAAAACGAUUGCACCUUUAGAACAGGACUUGACCAUAUCCAACGAAUCGAAGCUGAUGAUAAACCUGGAAGGCUGCGUCAAUACGCUACAGGACGAAUGCAAAGAUUUCCUCAAAGAGUACGGAAAGGAUGGUACUGAUCACAACGCUCGAGCACGGUUUCCUUGUUUCUAUUCCAAAAACACGCCAGAUAUGGUAGUUGCCCGCUUCGACAUGGAGACUUCGUACAAGCAGUUUGUGGUUGGAUUCUUCAUACCAACUAUUCUGUUCGCCGUGUCCUGUUUGACUUUGAUAUUCUGCCAGAAAACGAUCUACAUUGGCGAUGAUGCCAGGAUGCGUUUCGUCGGUUGUGUGAACAAGGAUGCUUUAUCGCCAACUGUUGGUGCCAACAAUAAAGCUAAAGCCAACUCUGGUGAUGGCGGUGGAGGCGGCGACUCGGUUAUGGCUCUCUGAGAUCCAUCACGCAUUCCUCUACUGCAAGAAGACAGUCCAGUUCAUCAAGCGGGUGUAUUUUCACUGCACUGAUUUACGUCAGGAGUUCAAUUUCUUCUUCGUCUACUUUCGACAGAACAGAUAGGUCGAUUUAUUUUUCUCGUCUUCUUUAUAUUGAGUGAGCACCAUAUAGUUCUUAGUUGAGAAAGAAGGAGCGCAGCAGUGUUAAGAUUUAAUGACAAUAACACAUCUUAUCCCUUUCAAACCACUUAAGUAACGGCACGAUACGUCCUUUUCGAAUGCUUAACGAGACUUGUACGCAAAGGAAAACGUUUAUUGCGCUGAAGAAUAUCGUUACCAAUCCUCGACUACAUCCAAUGACCAAUAUGAUAAGUUAAUACAAACCCGAACUGUAUUCCCAGUAUCAUAGAUACCGUUUAUAGUUGUGUUACCGACAGAAGAGAGCUCUAUUUUGAUACCAAUAUUGUUGUUUAAAGUUAAUGUUCGCUUUUGUGAAUUAACCCGCAGUAACCUAAGGCAACUUAUGGCAUUAAGAAAGAACCCGGUGUUUCGUAUUUAGUCACCUGUAUCGUAUAAUAUUUGUUAUUGCGAAUGCUUUCGUUGAAUUAGAUUCAGUUUUAAGAUUUCAUUAAUAAGAAAAGUUGAAAAUCUACACCAACGUUGAUAGACACGAAAACGUAAUCAGAUACAACUGCAGGGAAAGGAUUAUAUCACGAACGCGCAAACAACAGCUUCGUCCCGUGUGCACCAAAUGAGCGCCAAGUUGUCCCCAUCAGUGGGACACACGAUAUCACCAAAAAGAGCAGCAGAGAGAACGAAAAUAGAGGAAUGCGUGAAUUAUCAAACCUUAAACAACUUAAAAUGCUUAAAACAUCACACAUAGAGCAACUAGCAAGGCAAGAAAAAUAGGCGAAUUAUUACUAAGCAAUACUCGGUUUGAAGCCAAACAAAAGUAAAGAAUCUAAAACGGCAAAAAAUACAAAGAAAACAAAAA